CAUGAAGUAUAAAUAGUAUUUUUAAUUUAUUGAAGUUUCUAAAAUGUGCAAAGCAUGGUUUAGUGGAAAUAGUAUUAGAUUCAUUGGAUUGUCCUGCCUCUGCUGUUUGAUAUACUUUGGGCAAAUCAGUUAAUCACAGUGGAACUCAGUUUCUUCAGCUGUAUAACGGUGGAAUUAGAUUAUCUCUAAGGUCUUAAGUUCUUCAGUUUUAAGUAGAAUUUGGUUGUAAUGUCUAAACCUUAUAUGAGAAAAUGGGCUUAAAAUAACUUAAUAGCCCUUAAAAUAACUCAUGUGUGAUGAGUUACAUUGAUACCAUGAAGGUUUACUAGGUGUCAUCCAUAGAGUUUUCCUAUAAAAACACAUAAAUCUGCCACAUUCUGAUUGUGGUAAUGUUAAGAUAAAAUUAUCUUAAGUUACCAAUUUAUUGAAUAUAUGGAAUUUUGUAAAUACAAAAAUUUACCAGUUAAACCUAAGUGGAUGUAGUAGUGUUAUCAUUUCAAAGAGGUAAAACUGUGUUAGCUAUAAGGGAGCACUUAACCCUUAACUUUAAUGAAAAAAGUUUAUAUAAAAUUGAAUUUCAAAGUAUUAAAUAGAUAUUUAGUUUUAUAGCAAAAUAAACUGUAGACUCUAACACGUUUAUGGGUGAGACCAUGGGGAUGAUCUGAGAAAUAUCUCACAACAGCCAUACAUCGCAUUAUAGCUGCUGUUCCUCCAGUACAACUUGGGUUUAAGUGUCAUUGGAAGAGCCUUUUAUUGAUAUUUGUAGAGAAAAGUACUGCAAGCUAGUUUUGCUUUUCUGAGCCAAACUAGUGGGUAUUUAAGAGGCUUUUGUUUCCUAUUGGUAUUAAGGCAAAUCACUGAUUGCCUUUGUUGAACUGAAAAUGUAGUGGAGAGGCUCUGAAGCCCAGUGAGGGGAAUCAUUCAGAGAAAGUACAUGUAAAUCAAGCUCUUAGAACUUUAAUCAUACUUGCACUUUGCUUUUUCCUGGGAUCUGUCACUCCAGCAGAUAUAACACAUGCUAAAUGUUCUUUUGUGCAGAGCUUUCUGCCUUCAGUUGGAGAGAUGGUCAUGCAUCUUGAGGAGCUCUGAAGACAACUUGAAAAAUCUGCAACCACUCUUAGGAGGAGCUUAUUCAAAAAAUCAGCUCAGUUGGACUCUACAAAUUAAACCAUCGGUUUUCAGUGAAUACAGAAGCAUGUGUUUCAAAUCCUAUAGCAUGACUUUUGCCUGCCUGAAUAGGAUGAAAAGUUACAGGCUCCCUUGGACAAGACCGUACAGUACUUCCCGGACCACUGUAGACAGCAGUGAGGUGAAGACCUUCCUGGCCUUGGCGCACAGGUGGUGGGACGAGCAAGGAGUAUAUGCACCUCUUCACUCUAUGAAUGACCUGAGGGUGCCGUUCAUUAGAGACAAUCUUUUAAAAACAGUUGCUGAUCACCAGCCAGGAAAACCUUUGUCUGGGAUGAAGAUUCUUGAUGUUGGCUGUGGUGGUGGAUUGUUAACGGAGCCUCUAGGGCGGCUUGGGGCUUCAGUUAUUGGAAUUGAUCCUGUGGAUGAGAACAUUAAAACAGCACAGCACCAUAAAUCAUUUGACCCAGUCCUGGAUAAGAGGAUAGAGUACAGAGCAUGUUCCCUGGAAAAGAUUGUGGAAGAAACUGCAGAAACAUUUGAUGCUGUCGUAGCUUCUGAAGUUGUAGAACAUGUGAUUGAUCUAGAAAUGUUUAUACAGUGCUGCUGUCAAGUGUUAAAACCUGGUGGUUCUUUAUUCAUUACUACAAUCAACAAAACACAGCUGUCCUAUGCCUUGGGAAUUGUAUUUUCAGAGCAGAUUGCAGGUAUUGUACCAAAAGGUACUCAUACAUGGGAGAAGUUUGUUUCACCUGAAAAGCUAGAGAGCAUUCUGGAAUCAAACGGUCUGUCAGUUCAAACUGUGGCAGGAAUGCUCUACAACCCCUUCUCAGGUUACUGGCAUUGGAGUAAAAACACCAGCCUUAAUUAUGCAGCUCAUGCCGUGAAAUCCAGCAUGCAGGAACACCCAGCUCCUGCCGAGUUUGCUUUAAAGGAGGAAACAGAAGAGCUCUGAAUUGAAACCUCCACCAACUCAGGGACACUCAACGAGGGCUUCUGUGCUACCGUUGACCUGGAAUACACAAUAUUGAGAGGCAUCAAGUAAAGUUUUAGAGAGACUGCUCGGUAACGAGGCAUAGGAGUAAGUCAUGCUUACUGGAAAUAGUUUUUAAACCUGGAUUGGCAAGGUCCCUGCAAUUCUGUAAAACAUAUUUGUAUAGUUACAGGCUUACAGACAUUGAUCCAAAAAUCUACGAAUCCUAAGAAAAUGUCAAUGGAGAAAUAAAGACAGAAACGAAACCAAAUGAAAGUGUUAGAACAGUCAACACAUAAUUGCUUUCAUUAACUUACAAUGCGACUCUAUUAGAAGGGAGAUUCUUACUUGACUAUUACUAAUGAGAUGCAAAUGACAUGCAAGUCUUCUCUGUAUCAAAAAAAAAAAAAGCCAAAAAUCCUGACACUGAUGGUUUGCAUGAAAAUCAAGCAAAAGAAUUUAUUGUGAGAUCAAUAAACCUCUUGUAUCUCAGCAAGAAAAGGAUGCAGCACAUAUAAACGAGCCACUGUCUAGGAACUAAAAUCCACCAAUUGGAGCCAAAGGAAGAAAAUAUGUUCUCAAGAUGAUGUGAACAGAACUGAGAAUGGGGGUGGAGAGUUACAAAGUAAAUAUCGACUCGAGAUGUUUCCACUCUGAUAGAUUUGAUUUUGUUUCCCGUUGACAGAUGGGACCCAACAGACAUAAAGUCACUGACAUCAUGUAAGAUCUGCACAUGUCUUUCUGACUCUAAAACAGGCUCUGUAUCUGGGGUCCUGAUACAGGCUUCUGAGGUUCUAGGAGCCCCCUGAAAUAGGGAACAAAGUUUUGCGUGUGUGUGUAUUUUUCUGCCGAGAAUGUCCCAUAGCUUUCAUCAGAGUCUCAAAAGUUUCAUGACCCCCCAAAAAGGUUAAAGGUGACUAUAGUUAAAAUACUGCAGUAGGGAAAUAUAGUCUUUACUUGACAGAAUAUGUCAGGAAAAGAAAAAUACGGUCACUGUCUUCUGCUUAUAUUUUGUAAAAGUGAACAUGAAGGGUGUCACUAGCUGUGAAAGGUGAAAACUGGAUCAUGAUUUAAAUUGCCUCUUUUUGGUCAUUCUUUUGAUAUUAAAUUGAAGAGACAUUCUGGGAUUCUGUUUUUAGACUUAGUUUUGUCAGGAUGGGAUGGUAGAAGUCUAGAUUAAUUAACAAUCAGAUUUAUGCAACGUUUAAAGAAUUUCAACUCAUUAAAAAAAAGGAUUGAUUUUAUUAUUUAUGUAUUUAU